CACAGACAAUAGACAGACAGACAGUCACCUCCCUGAGUGAGAUAACACACAAUUAUAUCCAUGGAAGCAUUCAUUGCACCAGUAAAAUAUUAAAGUUACUGCAGUUACUCUUGAGUUACGGACACUGAAGAUCAACACUUUAUCCUCUGACGUCUGUGUGCAAACGGUUUUGCAGCUGGAGAACAUAGACAAACUCCAGGGGUAUCUGUUGCUGUCGAGUGUGUUUCGCCUGACACCUGAGAAGCCAAAAGACACGCGCCUUCUAUUUUAACCACCUCGCUGCCAAAUAUCAAGCUAAUUAUCCCCCAUUUCUAUGUGGUCGACCGGAAGCAGCAACACAGGGCUGAUAAACUAGAAAUCCUGUUUCAGCUGAAUGUCUUUCGUAAGGACCAAAAGAAGCCGAAGAUCCAAUUCAUCAUAAUUGAAAAGCAGUUAAUAAAGGCAAAUAGCACAAUUAGUAUCAACACCUUACUAUGCAAGUGUUUUAUUUUCCAGUAAGGCUCUGCUUUUAAUGAUUUUUAAAAUGUGUGUUAUUCUGUUGAUAAAUGAGGUAUUCAUUUAUUAUAUGUUUGUUGUUGUUUUAAUUCAGCCAGCUGGUAUGUUACAUCUCAGGCGCUUCCUGCUGUGAAGUGUCUGUUAUCCCAAAAUAUGGAUUUAUUAUACUUUUGCAUACCCUAAUUUAUAUUUAAAUACUGCAGCUUAUUUUCGGUUUAAUAGGAAACACGUUAGAUAACAUAUCAUAUAAUACAUGAAUGUAUUUACAUAGGCCUACUACAUAGUAAGUAAUGCAUAUCCACAUGUUUAUACUGAUUAGGUAGAAACAAUAAAAUAAAUACAAUAUUCUAAUGUUAAUAAGAUAUAGGCUGCCAAGUAUAUUAUAUCCUAUAAUAUAUAUUGGCAUUAUAUACAAUAAUACUAGAUAUGUACAAAACAAGUACUUAUUCUACAUACUAGCAUAUUGUUUUUAUACUGCAUAUUAUGAAUGCAUUCGUUCAUACAUAGCCAUAUAUCAGAUUUUCGACUAUGAACCGAGUAAAUGUGCGUGAAAUUACUCGAAACACAAAAGCAGUCAUUAAGUCACGCAAAUGGGGCUAAAGGCAAACUGUUGAAGAAAAUGUUUAGCAAUUAUUUGAUUAAAUAUGUUUGAACUCAAAAGGUAAUAUCAAUUAAAUAAGAGAAGGGUGGAGGUAAAAGUGUAACCUAAUGAAAUAAAUAGGCUUUUUCUCAUGAAACGGCGAUGGCGUCUUCUUCUAUCGACAAUCUUCCCUGAAAUCCAACUACCAGGCAUCGACAAGUCGUGUCUGUUGCGCAUGCGCAGUUCCAAGUUUCCAAAAGAAUGCCGAUGUGGCUGCGGAGAUAUUAAAAUUUGUUUCGCCUGAAAGCUGAAGAACAAACUGUUGCAAUGAAACUUUCUAUGCUGGUUUUACUUUGUGCCUGCUGGUCUGUUACAGCAGAAGAAGACGAGAGACUGCCGAAUAAAUGCGAAGGUGGGACGAAGAAUGUGCAAGUUUCUGACGGUAGAGCUGCAGGAUGUGCUGGAGAAGACUGGUCGCUCCAAAGAAGUCCUGGAGGUCGGAGAGGUGCUGGACACAGAGAAACCCGGCUGACUGAGGCGGUAGACAACAUCUGUGAGCGCAUCCUUCAGUAUAAUGUUCAUGCAGAGAGGCCUGGCAGCCUCCGAUAUGCCAAGGGUACCAGUCAGACCAUGUCGACUUUGAAGAACCUGGUCCACAAAGGAGUUAAAGUGGAUUUGGGUCUGCCGUUUGAGUUGUGGGACGAACCCUCUGUCGAGGUUUCUGACAUGAAAAAACAGUGCGAGACGAUGCUGGAGCAGUACGAGGACGUCGUGGAGGACUGGUACUUCCAUCAUCAGGACCAGAGGCUGGAGAACUUCCUCUGUCAGAACCACGUCCUCGAGACAUCAGAGCAAGAAUGUAUGAAGGAGGCGUGGAAAGGAGACAUGGGGACCAAAAGAAGGGACAAGGAGGCAGAAAGUGACGGCACAGGAGAGGAGGGGACGACACAUGACGCUGGGGAGCUAUGAGGGAAAAGUUUCCAAAAAGGGGAAACGCAGACGGCAACAGAAUGACCUCAAUUUUGGCUGCAAACUGCGAAGAAAUUAUGUAUUGUGACACUAUUGUAGCAUUUACAGUCAACCUACAUUUUUAUUAUCAUUCUGGUGCCAAAUCUUGGUUCUAGAGUUUAUGUUUUUAAACUACAUUUCCUCUGUUAUUUGUAUGUGAAUGGUGUCAGCCUUUUAAGAACUGUUGCACCUUUUUAAACACUCUUUUUGGAUCAAGGUUUGAAGCCUUUUCCAUUCAUGUUUGCGUCCUUUACAGUAUUUUAUUACGUGCACACGCUGUUACAUCUCUCCUUAUGCAAACAAUAUGGUACAUUUCAAUAUGUUUACCACAAAUUACAGACUUUAAAAUGCAAUAUGUACAGUUUUUCUGUGUGAAUAAAAUGCUUUUUUGUCCUACAACAUUUUUAAAAAAGCAUU